CCUCCAGUUCCACUUCCAAGGAUUGCGAGCUUUUGUUCUUCAAAAUUGCUAACGAAGAAAACGAAAUAUUAUCGUACUCGGCUAACUUUCUUAGCAACAUUCCAACUGCGUCCGGAUGCUAUACUCUUCUCGUCUGCCUUCGUUUUAUAUUCCCGGCGGUCCGCUCGCCACCUGUUUGAUUAAUUGCCGCAACCAAGAAAUGCCCCAACUUUCACAGAAAUUCAUACCCGGUCUCAAAUAUCUCAACAUUCAUAACCGUAAUGGAGCUCUGCACCUGAAUUCUAUGUUAUAUCACUCUUCAAAGGAAUCCCAUGAAGAGCCUUUAUCCGCGGAAUGGUACGAGAAGGCGUUUCUUAAGAUGACGAAACUGGUCCGUCUGUUAAAGAACGUGGACUCCGUCGAUGGAAGGCUUGUCGAUGUACAUGAAGGUUCGGUCAUUUUCGAUGACCGUGUCGAACAAAAAAUGCAUACUUUUAAGUCACUUGCUAGAGUCUUUGUUGGGUCUCGUUUGGCUCAGCAAACACUAAAGACUAACAUGGUUGCUUUGUCCGAGGGUGAAGGUUGUAAGCCGUUUUUGUGUUUCGGUAAACCUAGUGAAAGAGAACCCGUGAUUGUUUCUUCACUUACGCAAGUGAGCAACUUCCUAAACAUCACUGCCCAACAAAGGAAGGUCAUCCGUUUAACGAUUUGCCAGCAAGUUACGCAACACCGCAUAUGGACGGGGGCGCUUGAGAAGUUACUUAACGGAUUAAAACCUGAGUUGGACUUUUUGAACUAUCAGUUCCCAAGCAAAUGGAGCCUUAUGGCUCAACAGAUUGUAUUCAAUUGUCUAAAGUUUUUGCAAGACACGGCCAUACCAUGUACCGACCUUGAUUCCACUUCAUGGAUGCGGCUUGCGCCUGCAAGAGCGGCUGCUCAAUCGUCGGCUCCACAGAAGUGGGAGGAUGUUUUUGAGAUGUUCAAUGAUCUCAUUGAAUGUAUAAAAACCGAAAACAGGUUGGUUCAUCAUGCGGUAAAGCUCGAGUUGAUGAAAGAAGGGCUGUCUCAAAUUAAGGAUGUCUUGAUUGAUAAAAGCAUUGGAUACAAGGAAGCUCGGCACCAAGAAAGCUUAGUGCAGAAGAAACUUACCAGGAAUUUGGGUUACUCAUCCCAGUGUUUGUUCACACUUUUGUUGUAUUAUCUUUAUGGACAUGUUAGAGACAUUGAAGUUGAUUUAUGUGGCGGGCUUUAUAACAAUGGGGAUGAGAACAGUUUUUGCUUGUGCAUGGGAAGGAUUGUGACUUCAGAUGAGGAAAAGAUGGUCCGGAGUGGGGUUAGACAUUUGGAUAGGGCUCUUGGGCUUUUCAAGUUUGUGUGGGAAACAGCAGGGAGUAAAGGGGUCUUGGACUUGCAAGGCCAUUUAUGGUGUGUUGGGGGGGCUGAGGGUAGAAUGCUUAUUUACAAUGGGAAAAAGUUUUUUAUACAUGGGAUCUGUGUUUGAUGAAGGUUGUAUUGUAA